UCACCGACAUAUCCCAAUCGAAAUCCAAACACUCUCUCUCUCUCUCUCUCUCUCUCUCUGAAUCCAAAAACCUAGCAAUGUCUCUGCCAUUCCUUGUCGUCUUUCUCUCACUUGUUUCCUCUCUGCCUCUCUCACUCCAAACAGGAAUAGCCCUCGUAGCUCCUAUUCACAAAGACCAUUCUACCCGCCAAUACACCGUCGAAAUUUACCUCAAAACCCCUCUCCAACCCUCCAAACUACUCCUCGACCUCGGCGCUUCCUUCUCCUGGCUCGACUGUUACCAGAACUACACUUCCUCCACUUACCUCCACAUCCCCUGCAAUGCCUCUCUCUGCGCUUCCCUCCACUCACUCGCCUGCUCCAACUGCUACGACGCCCCCUCCCCCGCCUGCGCCAACGACACCUGCGCUCUCUUCCCUGAGAACCCCGUUACCCGCAAGCCCACCAUAGCCAACGCCAUCAUUGACUCCCUCGCAUUGCCCACCACCGACGGCUUCACUCUGGGCCCACUCCGUCUCGUCCCCGAGUUCCUCUUCUCCUGCUCGCGAACCUUCCUCCUCCAAGGCCUCGCCCAAGGGGUCACCGGCCUGGCCGCGCUGGGCCGCUCCAACUUUUCGCUCCCGGCGCAGGUUAGUGCCGCCCUCUCUUCCCCCCGCUAUUUUGCGCUGUGCUUGUCUGGUACGCGCUCGGAUCAGGGCGUGGUGUUCUUGGGCACCAGUGGGCCCUACUACUUUAAUUCGUUAAUUUCCAAAAUUGACCUCUCGAAAUCGCUUAUUUACACGCCGCUGAUUCUGAACCCGGUCGGGAGCACCGUGAUAACGUACUAUCUACAACCGUCCGAUGAGUAUUUCAUAGGUUUGACUUCAGUAGAAGUCAACGGUAAGGCCGUGCAGAUCAACGGCUCGCUCCUGACCGUAAAUGAGAACGGGUCCGGUGGGACCAAGAUCAGCACCGUCCAUCCGUACACUGUAUUGGAGACGUCCAUAUUCAAAGCCUUUACUGAGCUGUUUGUUAGCGAAGCCUCUGCUUUGAACCUCACCGUAACGAACGCGGUUGAGCCAUUCGGUGCGUGCUAUCCAGCGAAGGACGUUUUUAGUACGCGUGUGGGACCGGCCGUCCCGACCGUCGAUCUCGUGAUGCAAAGCAAUGAGGUGUUCUGGAGGAUUUUCGGGUCGAAUUCGAUGGUCAGGAUCUCGAGGGAUGAUGCGGACGUGUGGUGCUUGGGAUUUGUGGAUGGUGGGCCCAAUGCUAGGACGUCGGUCGUGAUUGGUGGGCAUCAGAUGGAGGAUAAUCUUCUUCAGUUUGAUCUCGAAUCAAAGAGAUUAGGAUUUAGCUCCUCAAUUUUGGCCCAAGGGACCUCAUGUGCCAACUUCAAUUUUACUUCCAAUCAAAUUCUCAAAUAAUCCUUUU